GUGGGCGGCCACCUUUUUGGGAAGGUCCUGGCUGCAGGCCUGCGCCGUCACAAACCCCUGGGCGGGCGAGGGAGCACGGACGUGCUUUGCGUCAGAAGUGGCGCGAUGCUGUCGGUCAGUGAGCUUAGCGGCUUAGCAGUGAGGCGGGUGCGGGCACGUGGCUGCAAGAUGCGUGCAGGCAGUGCAGUUGGAGGCAAGCAGCCAGGCCUGCAAGGCGUGGGUGAGUGCAGGAUCCAGCCACACGGUGCUGGCGGGGUGUGCUUGCAGGAAGAAGUUGCCGCCGGCAGCGUUUAUGGCGUGCACGAGCGCAAGGCAGUUGAUGCAGGCGAUGCGCUGUGGGCGGGAGGCAUCCAGGCGCUUGCAGGUGCCGGGGUGCAAGAUGUCGAAGCCGUGCGUGCGGUCCACCGGCGGGGUAGUGAGGCAGCCUUUGCUGGCCAGGGCACAGGUGAGCGAGCUUUGCUGGCCACCGAAGAGUUCGCAAAAGGCUCGCUGUGCAGGGCGGGCAAGGCGUCUGCCGUGCGUGCGGGCCUUGCAAGGGCAGGUCCUGAAGGGGGGGCGGUGCUUGCGGGGAGGAAGGCGGAGGGCGUGGGGGAGCAGGCAGUUGUAGUGGCGCAGCAGGCGCCGCGGCAGCGUGACUAG